CUACAGGCAAAACGGACGAGGAAGAAAGGCGUUCACCUUUGUCAAUCGCCCAAAAAUGGCUCGUUCUGCUGCGCAAGGAAGAAAAAAGAAAACACCAAAGGUGUGUUUGCAUGUGACUUCAUCACCCCAAAAAGAAAAAGCAGUUAGAAAUGGUAUAGCAGCUAUGCUCUUAUGUAGCAAACUAACCUUGUUUGGAAGCAUAUUUUCCACAUGAUGGGACCAUAUCAGCACCCUACCAGAACAGCUGCAUUUUGGGAGGGCUUGGAGUGCAGUGAUAUUAACAUUUGUUGGUAUGUCAGCUAAGUAACUCAUUACACAUGUGAUCUUAGUUAUUGUUUGACAGUUUAAAGUUUAUUGUUCUGGUCACAAUAUCACAUCACAUUGUUGGUACUGACAAUAUAGCUAACAUGAAAGCUUGUUGAAUUGUAUUCUUAUCUUCAUGCACUCAAAAUUUUUUCGGGAACUAUUGGAGGCUUUAGUGCGAAAAUAGCAUAUGUAAAAUAAUAUAUGUAGAUGCUUUGUCUUUUAUGAAUGUCACAGUUUUUUCUUCUUCUGUAAAACCUUCAGAUAUAUUUUUAUGAGGAUAUAUUACUUAGAAUGUACUUUGUAGUAUGGUUUGAAGAAACUAAAGAAUCAUUGUAUUCAGGUACUGGUUCUGCCUUGCCUGGGUAUUUACGAAAGAAAAGGAAACUCAGCACGUAUUAAUUAAAUGAUAUUUUGAUGCAUUGGCAGACAGUCUGAUGUUUUAUUUCAGUCUGGUUGUAUUUGAGUCCUACAUUGUGUGUUGAAGUUCCUACUGUCUUAUUUUUAGAAGAUCAUGGAUGUUGUGUAUUUUUAUACAGGAGCUGUCAUCCAAGAAGAUUCCAAGACAAGCGACUUGUUUGAUCAGAGGCAGUGUUCAUUAUUUCAACCCUGUUCAGUACAGUCUGCUGUUUGAGACCUGUUUCAGCUUCAUGUCUAUUAAUGAUCAUAUUGGCUUCAUUCAGGUGCCAUGUGACAAGGCUGAAUCUCAAGCCCUCUUGACAGCUGGUCCAGUACUUUGGCCAGGACAUGUCUGUUGGUGAAGCUGACCACCAUGUGACCUGUCAAACUAGUAUGGCUAACAAAGUCAUGUAUGUGUUCCUAAAGAGUGGAUAGAGUUGUAUUCUUACUCCUGAUGAUGAAUACUUUGUGUGUGCUAAGCAGCUUUUCAUUGGAACAGGUACACAUACAUGUCCAAUUUAAGCUGCAUAGUGAGACUGGCAUUACCCUUAAGAACAUGCCACUGUGGUACAGAUUAAACCCACACCCUAACACUGCUGCAUAAUGAGUAUGAAUAUAUAAAUGUUCAGCCAAAUUGGCCAGCUACAUGUACCAUGUCAACUGAACUGCUUUGGUAAUUCACGGCUGAAAGUAAUCUGCCCUUCAGACGGGAAAAGCGGGCAGCUGACUGUGGUAAGAGGCAUCCUAGAGGAGCGAAGCUGAUGGAGUGACCAGAGGAUGAGAAAGAACACACCUACUAAGGCUGCAGAGCCCACACCUGAAGAGUCGGAGGCAGCUGAGGGUGGUCAAGAAGAAGCUCCAGUUGAGGGGGCAGCAGAUGCUGGGAAUGAUGUCACAGAACAGAUGGUAACAGAUGAUCUUCCUGUCACUACUGAAGAUGAGGUCAAUGCCAUGAAUGAAGAAGAGGAGGAAGAAGGAGACAUGGAUGGAGCAGAAGUGGAAGGAGAAGGGGACAUGGAGGAGAUGCAGGCAACAGAAGAUCCAGAGGAAGAAGGUGGAGAGGGCGAUGAAGAGGAUGAAGAAGGUGAUGAGGAGGAAGAAGAAGGUGAUGAUGAUGAUGAAGAGGAGGAGGAUGAAGAUGCUGAUACUACAGGUGGCAGCAAACAAGCCAAGAGGAAGAAAGCUCAGGCUGGAAACAAAGCCAAGAAAGCCAAAGUCGAUGAAGCAGUGUGUAUGAAUGUCUACGUCACUCGUUCACCGAGUGAGAAGGCAUUUAAUGAAAUGUUCCAGAAAUUUCUGACCGAGAAUGAUCUGGAGGUUAAGGAAAUCACAAGGAAUGAUGAGAGGAAAUGGGAGCUGUUUGGGAUGAUGGAACUGAAGAAACAAGAGGAUGUAGAGAAGUUCAUGUCUUUGUGUGGUCAGGAAGUUGGUGGAAGAGAAGUCAAAUUUGAAGAAAUCAAAGAAAGCAAUAUUGAUGGAUUAACAGCUCCUGCAGAGAAGGUUUUAUUUAUUGGCAAUAUACCAAAGACAACCACCGUCAGUGAUCUAAGGACUCUCUAUCCAACAGCCAAGGAAAUCUUCUUCCCUAUGUCCAGACAUGGGGAGAAAAGAGGAUUCGUCUUUAUUGAGCUUGAGAGCAAAGAGGAAGUUGAUGAAAUGAUAAAAACACGCCAGGGAGAGAAACUGGAGGGAAAUGAGCUGUCCAUAGGAAGGUACAUUCCUAAAAAGAAGAACAGAGCUUUAACAAAGAAACAAAAUGGAGAUAGCACAAAGAAAGUGCUAUUUAUUGGCAACCUCAAUUACAACACUACCCAGGAGAAACUGAAGGAAUUCUUCACCAAUGCAGAGUCUGCCAGAAUUCUCAUGCACCCACGGAACAAAAGGUCAAAAGGUGUUGGCUUUAUAGAGUUCAGAACUCCUCAGGAUGCCCAGAAGGCUCUCAAAAAUUACAAUGGAGCCAUCAUUGAUGAGAGAGAGAUAUUUCUGGAGUUUGCAGACCAUGAACCGAGUACAGCAGCUGAUUACAAAGGCCGAUUUGACACAAGAGGAGGUCGACAAGGCUCUGGGGGAUUCCGACAAAGUUUUAAUCGGCCAAACUUUGGGGGCGGCUACGGAGGUGGGGGAGCUAUGAACUUUGGAGGAAACCGAUUUAUGAACGAUUAUGAAAGCCGCCUUCUCCAAUCACGCUUUGGAGGUUAUGGUUUUGGGGGUCAGAUGGGAUUUGAGGGUGGGUUUGGAGGCAAUAUGGGAGGUUACAGGUCCAAUUUUAACUCCGGAAAUCAAGGCGGAUAUGGGCAGAGAUAUGGGCAGGGUAGUCGUAACUUUAAAAAUAACAGGGGAAAUAGCAGAGGAGGGAGGAGAUUUUAGAUCUCUGUUAUCUUCACGUCCUGGAGAUGUAGCACGUAGUUUGCACUCAAGUGUGUAAUGUAUAGGUUACAUUUGUGUUAUAUGUACUUUUUAUUCCAUUGAUCAGGAAAACAAAAACCCUUUGUUUUUUGGGAGGUUUCUGUUGCAAAUUUUGUUUUGGCAAACAUUUAAGCGUUGGUGCAUAAAUAUUUAUUUAUAUUCCGUGUUUUAGUCAAUACUGUUUCAUUUCUGAUUGUAGACUUUCAGUUUCUAUUCUUUCCAAAAGCUUUGUCUGCUAAGUUGACUCGGGAAUUAAAAAAGGAUGAAUAUAUAUAUCAUUGUAACAUCUGCAUUGUACUCAGAAUAUCUGAGAACAUAAUCCCAAUAUAAAACAUUUUCAUUUUUGUGGUGUCAAUAUAUGGGAUACAUUUGCAUAUUCCUUCAUUUUUUCAAUUCUAGUGUAGCAGCUUUGCUUCUCUCCAUAUCACCAUACUUAAAACAGAGUGUUGUUGUGAAUUAAGCGAAUCAACCACCUUCAUAAUGUUAACAUACUGUUUUUUUGGUAUAACUGGAAAGAAUAGCAAAUUAUGUAAAUUACUAAAAACAAAACUGUAAAUUGUUUGGGAAAAACAUCUCAGAUUUUUAAACCAACUUGUGACAAUACUAAAUAGUGCUUGUCUCACCUGUGUUUUUCAUUCAGAAGUCUGUGUGUGUAUAGAUUAUGAUGCAGUACCAAGACUUGUCAGGAGAUUCAGAUUCAUUGUCCCACCUAAACUGAGGAGUGUGGUCUCCAUGAAGCAUGUGCUCUCAUUCGAGAUAACCCCCCUCCCCCCUCCUUCUAGAUGCAUAGAUGGUGUUAGGUUGUGUACUGUCACGUCAUUAUCUCAUUUUUAGCGUUCAUAUUAAAACAUCUCAUACGUUUCACAACAUUUGUAGUAAAUAUAAAAUGUUUUGAACUUA